CGAAUGCAAAGUCACGUUUUGUUCUAUUGAGCUUUGAUCAAAACAUUUCUAGAAGUUUGUAAUAUUAGGGUUUGUAAUAUGGGUGGGUUUUUUUCCAAUUUAUUUUCAUCCUUAUUUGGUUCAAAAGAAAUGAGGAUUCUCAUUCUUGGUUUGGAUGGUGCUGGAAAGACUACAAUAUUAUACAGGCUUCAAGUUGGUGAAGUUGUAACCACAAUUCCAACAAUUGGCUUCAAUGUUGAAACAGUUACUUACAAGAAUCUGAAGUUUCAAGUGUGGGACUUAGGAGGUCAAACAAGUAUCAGACCCUACUGGCGCUGUUACUAUGCCAAUACAGAUGCAGUUAUAUAUGUGGUAGAUAGUGCUGAUAGGGACAGGAUUGGUAUCUCAAAACAAGAACUCCUAUCCAUGCUUGAGGAAGAUGAACUAAAAAGGGCAAUUCUUAUGGUCUUCGCCAAUAAGCAGGAUAUGGAAGGUUCAAUGUCAGCGACAGAAGUCUCGACAGCUCUGGGUUUAGCAGCGUUAAAGAGUAGAACGUGGUCAAUAUUUAAGACAUCAGCGUUGAAAGGCGAAGGAUUAGAAGAAGCCAUGGAAUGGUUGGCAACAGCGUUGAAGACGAAGCAAUAGAAUUUUUGGAGACAAAGGAUUUUGAAAAGAAUGAAUUUUUAUACUGUACAUCGUACGAAAAUGGACGUAGUUAUUAUUUGAGUAAAGAACGUAACACGGGUCUAGAUGUUAGGGCAUGCAGCUAUCUUCUUACUGCAGUAGUUUACAAUCACAGGCUUUCAAUGCCCCUUUGUUAGCGAAACAAAAGACUUUCUACGCGUUGAUCAGCCCUGUUUUGUUAAAAAUUGACUCUGUCUGAUCUGAUCAUCUGAAAGGACCUUUUCAUUAGGCGCCGUGCAAACACGACACAUGCAUGGAUGUAAAUUAUUGUUUAAUUCUACCGCGAUAUUUAAAGUUUACCCCCUAUUUUCAUCAAACAUGACGUAAUAUGACGUAAUAAGUCACGUGACCUCUAUAGCCAAGUCGCAGACCAUUUCAGCUUGCAUGCAAAUAAACCCAUAUCAGAUGUUGUGAUCAUGGAAUAGUCGAUAAAACUUAACCAUUUCAUACCAGGUGAUUUAAAUGGGUUAAUUUGCAUAGAAGCUGAAAAGGUCUAUUGUGUUCUAGGGCUGCUUUCCACUAACCCGUUUUUCAUACGCACGUUCACGCACGUAAAACUGGUAAAAGUCUAAAUUCUUAUGCAUGUCAUGCAUAGGAGUGUAUUUGAAAAAAAAAACUGAAAGAUCCGUAUAUUUUAGUAUGCAUUUGUUCUAUUAUAAAAUUUAAAAACAUUCACAGUUUUUUGCGUGUAAAAAAACGCGUAUUGAAGUCGAAAGCAGCCUUAAAUUUUAUGCAGAUUCGUGUCCAGGUCAGUCCUAAGCGCAACGUUAUUUCAUGCAAAAAUUUUAAUUGGGUCUUGAUCCGUUUGAACUGGAUGAUUGAUGUGCCUCUAUAAUAAUUUGCAGUUUAAACUGCCGCUGUUUUUAUUACGAUUUUUGUGAAACCUCACAUGCAAAAGUUUUUAUUGAAUAUUUUCAGUAACGCUAAACCACACUGAAUCAUCCACAGAAAGGGACCCUAUAUAGCCCCUUUUUUUCUAGACGAAUUUAUUCGCGCGACACGAAGCGAUAUCUGAAAUUCGGUGAUGUGAUUGGUUUGCAAAAAAAUUCGCCGCGAAAAAGUAGAAACGCUUUCUACGCACGAAUAAAUUCGCCUAGUAGAAAACGGGCCUACGCAUGUUAUUGCGGUUAUCCUGCUUGUACAUCGUUCAAAUGUUGUAAACUUAUACGUGUGUUACACAGUUACCUAAAAAGAUAUGACAGUACAAAUGACCGCCUUGACAAAGACGAGUCAAAAUUUGAACUAAUUCAAAGCUUUAAAAUGGGAAUGUAGAUUAAAGUUUAUUUGACG